AUGCAGCUGCGAGUGGGUGAAACCAACGGCGCGAGUUCACAGGCAGCCAGAGACCAUCAGGUGCCACCCAAGGGCUACAGGGAGAUGCUUCUUCGAAGCAAGGCCCUGGAUAUCUGCCUGGAGCGAUGUACUGCCUAUGAUGACCUCACAGCAAUUCAGCAGCCAUUCAUGGCCUUGUUGAGUGCUCUGGGCGGGGUGGAGAUGCAAGACAUCACCCAGCUCGCCUUGGCUAUCUUGCAUGUGGCAGAGCGCCUGCCCACAUCCAAUUUUGAGGACAUGAACGACGAUACCAGGGCGGCCAUGCAUGGUGCGCUGGCAUCCUUGAAGGCCUUCAUUGCAGACUUCCAGAAGACUUCAGAGGAUGCGCACGCAGACCUCCUUGACUUGCACAAGCGGUGCAUGCGACAGGAGACACGCAUGGACAUGGCCCUGUCAUUCAGGGAUCUUGAGGAGAGAUCCAAAAGCUUCCUGGAACUGGUGGGCGCAAGAUUUGGCUUGGACCACCGGCCGGGCGCUCUCUUGGAGAACAUCAAAUCGAUUGAGACUGUACUGAGCAAUCAAGUGUCGGAGUUGGAGCGCCAAGUGUCAGAGGUAAAAGCAGAGCUUGAGCAGAACAGGGUGCAGGAGGAGAAGGAAGCGGUGGAAAGAGUGCUGCCAGCAAAUGAUAAGGCAGGCAGUGCUGAGGUGCCAGAGGGGCUGGCCCCAGCGGACUUCAUCAAGCACUGCCUCUCCGUGCACUACAAAGUCAUCCAACAGCUGCUGGAGAGGGGACGAGCGCAGGCAGCAAAGAUAGAGGCGCGCAACAGGGAGAUUCAGCUGCUGAAACGCAUUGGCUCCAACAGCACUGCACUUCCCAUGGUGCAGCAAAGACUUGCAGAGGACAAGGAGGAAAUGAAGGGCCUGGUCGACAAGGCCACCAUGCUGCAGAGCAGUGCGGAAUCUGCCCUGGCGCUGGCCUCCCCUGGAGAGAGGGAAGAGCUGAAGCAGCUGCGUGCCUACAUCAGUACAGCCUGCCAAGAAAUGGUCACAGGGCCUCUCCCCAUGUUGGCCGACCUUCCAGCUGUGCCUGUGAUGGAGAAUGGACGGAAGACCAAGGGGCAAGGCCCAAGGAGGCCUCCUGCGCCAGUCGCGAACAGGAAGCCUCCGUCUGCAGCUGCAGCAAAGAGGCCCCCCUCUCAGCCUCGUGCGGCGGGUGGCAAUAACAACCGGCGCCCAGAGAAGCCCGCUCCCGCUCCAAAGACAGACGCGCAGAUCAAGGAGGAGGCCAGAUUGAUAGAUCGCGCCAGGAUGCAGGCUGCAAAGGAGAGGGCCCAGGCAGAGCUCCACAACAAGGGCCGCAACAGGGGGCAGGCAUCAAAGCCCUCCGCCAACAGAGGAAGGACAGGGGCCAAUGGAGCGGCGCACUCCAAGGGAGCGGGGGGUCCAGCUGCUCAAAGCAUGAACCCGUGGGAGGCACGCAGGCAGCAGGGCGCGGGCGCAGCCAGCUCACAGCAGGUGCCCAAUGGGCAUGCAGCUGCAGGGGCUGCCAAGGCGCCGGCUGUAGCGGCAGAGCCUGCUGCCCCAACUGCACCGCCCCCUGCCCAGCAUCCUGUGGAGAAUGGUGCAACUGGUGCUGUGUAG